CGUUCAAGUUAACGUUUGAUCAUGGGGCGGCUGCUCCAAGCUACUAACCUAUGCGGUUUAUUAUGCAUACACGCUGCGGGCAUGAUAAACCAGCCAACAUUCGCCAGCUUUGACCAUAUUAAUAUUACACACGGAGAAUUCGACCACAAGGACACUCGUCGUUUCAAGCAUACCCGCAUCGGUAUAUGGGAUCUCUACGAGGCACGCCAAACACUGGCACGCAACCGAGUCUCAUCGAUAUUGCAGACAUAUACCCCGAUAAUCUACAGAUGUACUCACAUCAAACGAUGCUCCAUCCUUCUCCCCGCAUACCUUGUAGUAGAGGUUUUAGCUUCCCUCAUACCCGCUGUUUCUCUGUGGUACGUAGAGAGCGUAAUGGAGGCACACUCCAUGAUGCCUCGUCUGAGGUUGUACAUCAAACAAUUCUACAAUGAACGCAUGCUUCUCUCAACUGUCCGCCUCGACCUGCUCGCAUUUCAAACUCUUUAUCGCUCGCACGCACUUUUGGCAUACUUCGUCGGUUGGAACACUAUUGAGAUGUUGACGCACAUCGCAAUAAUACUUAUUCGUCUGCUCUCUUGCCUUUUGGUUCUGAGUACAGUCAUGUGGAACAACAGGAUGGUCUAUCUCGUGGUUCUCAGUUUUUUGCAAUAUUUAUUGCCCUGGGACAGCACGGGAAAAGCAGUGGUCGGAUCCUUGGUUUGGGCCGCGACAACGACCAACGAGAAUUUGAUUUGCAUGCAAGGUCUGAAGGAACUCAUUACUGGGUCCUCACACCGUCGAGAGUUUGUCGCAGGCAACUUCAGCGAACACAUUAGUGCACGAUUUCGCGAAGCAUCUCAGCGCAUCGGUCACGAUGCGGUUGAAUUCCCAGAACUGAAACGAUUUCGUUCUUUCAAGGACUGUCUGAGCAUCACGUUCAUCAUCCGAGAAACAAUGCAUGUGUUACCUCAGGUACGUGGAGUUGACCUCAGAGUUGACAAAGCCGACUAAUAUGAGAUAGAGAACAUACGAAAUCAGGUUGUGGAUGGUACGGAACCGUUCCCCGAGAACCAACAAUCUCUUGCAAAUGGCAUUUCUGUUGAAUUCAAGAAUGUUUCGUUCCAGUACCCUGGUCGAGACAGGUGUGCUCUACGGAAUGUAUCGUUCAAGAU